AUGGCUUCCAGUUUUCCUAAAAUACCAGGAUAUAUACCCACAUAUCCCAUAGAUGUAAGAAUCAAUACACCCAAUAAAAAAAAAAACAUGAAAAAAAAAAAAAAGGAAAAAUCAUUCAAAAGAAAAAGUGCAGCAAAAUAAGAAUAUAAUCGUGAUAUUUUACCUAAAAAUCUUCCUCCAUAAAACUAUCCAUUACCCCGAAAUAUACCUUAACAAGUACCUGAUUAAAAAGGUAUGUUUCAUCCCGAUUAUAUGUCAACAACUCAUGAUGUAUAUCGUCCAAAGAACGUUCCAGAAGAUAUAGUGGAUUUAUAUUAACCUUCAUAUGUAAAGAUGGACCGUUAAACAUUAAGAUUUAACGCAUUUUUUAAGGAAAUAUGUGUAGAAACAAAUUUAGAAUAAUAUCGAAUCCGAAAAGUAAUUGUAUUUUAUUAUUUAGAUGAUGAUUCUAUAUAAGUAAAUGAACCAAAAUAAAUGAAUUCAGGAAUUCCUUAAGGCGCAUUUUUAAAAAGACAAAAAAUUUUAAAAUCAGAUGGAAGUGGUUUACAUCUAAAUUUAUAUGAUUUACGAAUUGGAUAAGAUAUUGAAUUUUUCGGAAAAAAUUUCCAUUUUUACGAUUGCGAUCAAUAUACAAGAGAAUUCUAUGAAAAUCUAGGAAUUCCUUAAGGACCAUCUUAAGAUUACGAAUCUGAUAAUUGGGAAAAAAAAACCCUUACACAAUAUGUACCUAUUAAAGAUUAAAUGAUGAAAGAUUUCAUGGAACAUAAAUUAGGUGGUGGACGUGUACCUCCGGCAAAAUAAUUCCUUGAAAAUGAUCGAAAAGUGUUAAAAUAUUAUGUCUUUUCAGACAUUCCUUAUAUAAUGCAUUAUUUUUUGGCUGAUGAUACUAUAGAAAUUAGAGAAAUCAAUUAUUAAAAUAGUGGAAGAGAUCCAUUCCCUUUAAUGCUUAGAAGAUAAAAAUUACCGAAAAAGUUUGCCUUGAAUUAACCAGGAUAAACAUAUGCGGAAGAUUAUACAAAACCUAUUGAUAUUGUAUAUGGACAGAUUGUAGAUGUUUUCGGAAGAAAAUUCUAAAUCAAUGGCUGUGAUCCAUAUACUUAAUUAUAUUAUAAAGAAAAAUUAAAUAUUGAUUUUCCACUUGGUCAUGGCUAUGAAUAACAUUAUAAAGAUAUGCCAUAGAGAGAAAUUCCUCCUUAUAAUGGAUUUGGUGAUGAAGAAGACUCUUUAGGAUAUGUUUAUAGAUUAAUACCUAAGCCUCCUAAAAAAGAUUUCUUUAAAUGGGUUGAUAACUAAAUUAAUUUAAGGUUUGUUGGUAAAUUCAAUACUACAAAACCAGAAGAUAUUGAUAGACGCUUUAUUAUUACUUUUUAUCUUAAUGAUGAAUCUUUACAAAUUUAUGAACCUUCAGUAAGAAAUUCAGGCAUUCCUGUUGGAAAAUUCUUGGAAAGAAAGAAAUAUAAAAACGUUUAAAACAAUAAUGAAUUCUUCUUACCAACAGAUUUAAUAGUAGGAAAAGAUAUUAUUAUAAAUGGAUUCUCUUUUCGUAUAUUAGAAUGCGACGAUUUUACGAAAAAAUGGUACUAAUAACAUAUUAAAGAAUGA